GUUGAAAAUUGGCAGCAUGAAGCUCCUGGUAUUCCUUCUGACUCUUGCUUACAGCCUGAUCAACUUGCUACAAUGUGAAGCCUCUGUGAAGCUGAGUGUGCCAGAGGUUGUUAGCCUGGAAAUCAACAGUGUGAAGGAUAUCGAUAUUACUUUGAGUGCACCCUUGCAGGAGACUAUAAUCAUUACAUUCAACGUGAGCUUCUCAUCAAAACAAACUUGUAUUGUUCAACUACCUGAGCAAAUAAGGUUUCCAAAAGAUGUAAACUCAACAAGUUUCACCAUUCGAGGAGUUGAAGUUGGCCAAGUGACUACCUACCUCCAGACCAACAGCAGCAAACUGAUCAGGGCUCCAGUUAAAAUGCGAUUUCUAGUGGUACACAGCAAUGCUCUGGUGAUAAUAAACCAAGUGAUUGGAUGGAUUUACUUCGUGGCCUGGUCCAUCUCCUUCUACCCACAGGUUAUUGAAAACUGGCGGCGGAGGAGUGUGAUUGGAUUGAAUUUUGACUUUCUGGCACUGAAUGUGACUGGACACUUGGCGUAUGGAGUGUUUAACAUCAGCCUUUUCUGGAUUCCAAACAUUAAGAAACAAUUUCUGGAGCGUAACCCAAAUGGUGUGAACCCAGUGGAAGCAAACGAUGUCUUUUUCAGCAUUCACGCUAUAUUAUUAACAACGUUUACAAUCUUUCAGUGCCUCAUCUAUGAGCGAGGGUCACAGAAAGUAUCCAAGAUUGCUACUCUACUUGUGGUGGGUUCAUGGCUGUGUGCUCUUGUCACCUUUAUCAUGGCAUUAGUCCAUCGAAUAACAUGGCUUCAACUUGUCUAUUACUUCUCCUACAUCAAACUUGGCAUUGUGCUGGUGAAAUAUAUUCCUCAGGUUUACAUGAACUAUCAGAGAAAGAGCACAGUUGGUUGGAGCAUUUGGAAUGCACUGCUGGAUAUUACUGGAGGCACUUUUAGCCUCCUGCAGAUGUUCCUGCAAUCAUAUAACAAUGAUGAAGAGAUGCUGAUCUUGGGUGAUCCAACUAAGUUUGGUCUUGGACUGAUAUCAAUGUUGUUCGAUAUUAUCUUCCUGGUGCAGCAUUAUAUUCUGUACAGAAAGCACAAAGUCUAUAUGUCACUAAAUGAUGGAGCCUCUUCUGUAAGCUAGCAUCAUACACAGGCAUCCACUUGGCACAGUUCAAUUUGUGUGGUAAUGUUUUUAUGUAUUGGUUAGUAAUGAUUUUGAGUAUCGUGCCAUGUGAAAGACUAAAUGAAAUGUUAGCCAUUUUCACAUGGUUAUUUGUCAGCAUGCUGCUUUCAUUAGUUUCCAACUCCACCCCCUUAGUAAAACUGAAUACUUGCUGCUACAGGACUGGAGUUCCUCCUAUUGAUCUUUUUUCUCUGCAGUAGAAAACCAAAAGUCUUAAGACUAAGAAUGAAGCAGAUGAUUGGAAAAAGAUUAACAUCCCUUCCACCAAAUCAAAGUGGUGAAUGCAAUAUUAAUUUGUCUGUUUUUAUGUAACUCUGCACCUUGGGUGAAGUUGUCACUUUUUUUUGUUUGAGCCCAUCCUUCUGGGUGUUCAUGUUGCAAAUUGGGUUUCGAUUUGCAACUUCUAAUUCCUCACUAAAAUCUCCAGAUAAUUUAGUAUUUAGCAAGGGGUCUAUUGGAAAACCUGCCAUUUGGUGGUCUUUAAACUGCUCCAAUGAUUGGCUGUUACAAAGUGUAAAUUGGGACUUUUUUCUUUCACUUUGACCUUCAAAACAACCUUGCUCAUUUCCUCUAUAUAGUCUCUGAAGAUACUUGGAUUGCAGGUUCUCCCUCCUGAAUCAAAGCUGAAUGGUGCUUGAAUGAAAUGUGUAAUCAAUACAAAACUUUUUUUUUUUUUUAAUUGAACUGUAAUCUUGUAUUUGUGGAAUCUGAAUUGACUUUAAGUGCUGUUUUAUAAUAAACUUUUUUUUGUUGGGAA